AUGUUAUAUUGACUUAAUUAUCAAUAUGAAAGCAUUAAAUAUUUAUUUUUCACAAGCUUAGUUUAUUGUCAGAUAUAUAUUGAGAUACUUUACAGCUCUUAUACAGAUUUUUCAUUGCUUCCAGCAACUUUGGAUUGGCUUCAACAAAAAUUUAUUAACCAAGUUGAAGUUAGGCUUAUUAAUUUAAGCAUAAUGCCCAAUGAGCUUAAUACAGGAGAAAUGCCUCAGAUUGCGAUAGAUUUGACUUUUACUUUGUCUUUAUCAAGCUUGAUGAAGCAAUAUGCUUCUCAAAAUGAAAUAAUACUUUUUCAAUACAACAGCCAUCUCCAUUUUUUAGCGAAUAAAUAUUCAAUUUUUAGAGCAAUGCCCCGAAUCUAA